AUGUCUUCCAAGAACGCUAUCACCAUUGGGAGUCUCAUUGAAAAAGACCUGAAGGAAGCCUAUUUUCUUCCACAGAAACCGUCUUCGUAUGGCAAAGGAUACAGAUUCCUCAACGAUAAGAAAUACCGCGUAUUUGACUACCCACCGUAUUCAUUGAGUUUUCGUCGGAUUAUGUCACCAUUCCGUCAACUUCCCGCAGUCGGGAAUGAAAUUCCAGUUAUCAUGGAGUGCACACCAGAAUCGUACUUGCAACAGCACUGGAAACAAUGGCUUCCUGCUUUUCCUCCGGUAGUUAUCAAGCCACUGGACGAAGGACUGCAAGAUGAUGUUCCAGUCGUGACUACAGGGGCAUUCCAAGGCAUCCCGAAACACAAGCACAGCGUAGAUCCAGAUAUCAUAUAUGAGGUACAACUCAAGAGCUCGAUACUUGACAUCAAAGCGCCAAUGCCGAGGCACAUGGACGAAGAUGUCGUUUCUUAUCCUUGCAUGGUUAAAGUCGACAUGAGCGCAGGUGGCAUGGGAAACAGACUUGUUAAGAACGAGGGCGAGUUGUCUGCCAUUUUGCGACAAGUCAGAGAUGUGUGCGGUUGGAAAGGAAAGGCUGUGUUCCAAGAAAUCAUCCCUGGGAUUAAAGAAGUGCCCAGCUGUAAUUUUCACCUGCACAAAUCAGGGGAAAUCUUCUGGAUCGGCGCAGACAUCGCAGGAUUUAAUGGAUACUCCUUUACCUCUGGAACAGUUGACUGGGACAAGCAAGAAGAGUAUGAACAUCUUUUAUACGAAGAGUUCACUAUACCAAUUAAAGAAUAUCUUCAAGAGCGAGGCUACUUCGGUUUGGUCAAUUUCGAGGUUCUAAUCACAGAUCACGGAAAUUACCUGGUGGAUGUAAACCCGAGAAUUGGUGGCGAUACCACGCAUGUACUACUGGCUCGCUACUUGGCUUUAGAUUUUGGCUUGAAGCAUUCGAAAAUAUUUUUCUUCAACAAGCACAGCACCACAGCUAAGAAGUUAGUCGAGAAGGCAAAUGGCAUCAACCAAAAUGGAAAUGGGAUAGUAAUUGUACUAUCUGCCGCUGAUGUGGACAAGGGAUGCGAGUCUUUCUUGUCCGUUUUUGCUAAGACACCAGAAAUGGUGCAAAGUCUCUUUCACAGAGUGAUGAACGACUGA